AUGACUAUCAACGACAUACAAGGCCUCAGAACCAGAGGCAACUGUCUCGCCUUCCGCUGCCAAGUCACAAUCCUCCACAUUGUCGCCAUCUCCAUCUUGUGUGUGGGCACAUCUGCGUCAUACUUCAUGGACAUCAUCCUCGCCGUCUUCGCCAUCUGGUCCAUCAUCGACCAGAUGCUCCUCAUAUUCGAGCACAGGCUCCAUCCCCGCUGGAGCAUUGGCUUCGAUCUUCUUUCCAUGGUUGCUUGCGUCCUGGCUGGGUGUUGGAGUAUCAUAUUCUUGACUGAUAUGUCCGACGGGCUGGUGAUUUCCAGACAGUUCGAAUUUAGGCUGAAGUUUGGGGGUACCUUAUUACUGAUUGCUGGGGUUUUCUAUUUUGUGAUUUUUGUGCGGUCGUGCAGCAGUCUUCAUCAACAGCGGAAGGAUGCAAAACGGACUGCGUGGGAGGCUUUUGCACUGCAUGGUUGA